CACACACGUGUCAGCGCUGCAGGACUUACUUCCGGUUCAACAUGGCGGCAUCCAUGGCAUGUCAGGCGGCUGUGCGAGGACUCCGAGCUGCGACCACUAAACAACUGCUUUUGAGCAGAAACCAGCUUGCGAGGCUGAGCCCCAGAAGAUGGCUGAACCUGCAGGAGUACCAGAGCAAGAAGCUGAUGCAGGACAGUGGCGUGACCGUACAGCGGUUCUUUGUGGCUGACACCGCCUCUGAAGCCCUGGAGGCCGCCAAGAGACUCAAAGCGAAGGAGAUUGUCCUGAAAGCUCAGAUUUUAGCUGGAGGAAGAGGCAAAGGAUUGUUCGACAGCGGCCUGAAAGGAGGGGUGCAUUUAACAAAAGAUCCUGCUGUUGUUGGAGAGUUGGCUGGUAAGAUGCUCGGCUUCAAUCUGACCACCAAACAGACCCCUAAGGAAGGAGUGAAAGUAAAAACGGUGAUGGUUGCAGAAGCUCUGGAUAUCUCCAGGGAAACAUAUUUCGCCAUCCUGAUGGACCGCUCCUGUAAUGGACCAGUGAUGGUGGGAAGCCCUCAGGGUGGUGUGGACAUAGAGGAAGUGGCUGCAACCACACCAGAGCUCAUCUUCAAGGAAGUCAUAGAUAUAUUCGAAGGGGUCCGAGACGACCAGGCUCUACGUAUGGCAGCUAAUUUGGGAUUCAAAGGACCAUUGGAGAGACAGGCUGCAGAUCAGAUUAAACGACUCUAUGAUCUGUUCCUCAAAGUCGACGCCACUCAAGUCGAAGUCAAUCCACUCGGAGAAACACCUGAGGGACAAGUCGUUUGCUUCGAUGCUAAAAUCAACUUUGACGACAACGCUGAGUUCAGACAGAAAGCCGUGUUCGCCAUGGACGACACAGCGGAGAGCGACCCCACGGAGACCGAGGCGGCCAAAUAUGACCUCAAGUACAUCGGACUGGACGGAAACAUAGCUUGUUUUGUAAAUGGUGCUGGCCUUGCUAUGGCAACAUGUGACAUCAUCGACUUGCAUGGUGGAAAGCCUGCUAACUUCCUGGACCUGGGUGGAGGUGUAAAGGAGAAUCAGGUGUACGUAGCCUUCAAGCUUCUCACUGCCGAUCCCAAGGUAGAGGCCAUCUUGGUAAACAUCUUCGGAGGGAUUGUUAACUGUGCCAUCAUUGCUAACGGCAUCACCAAGGCCUGCCGAGAACUGGAGCUCAAGGUUCCCCUGGUGGUCAGACUCGAAGGAACCAAUGUUCAUGAGGCGAAGCGUAUCCUGUCUGAGAGCGGGCUUCCCAUCACCUCUGCCAGUGACCUCGAUGAUGCGGCCAGGAAAGCUGUUGCUGCCAUUGCCAGGAAAUAAAAUCAUACAUGCAUUCACACAUUCUCAAAACAAACAUACCAUUAUUAUACAUACACCAAUAGAGCUGUGGCCUGCAUCCCCAUGACAUAAACAAAACAGCCUUACACACUUCAUUCACAGAGAAAACU